UACUUGCCUUCAAAUUUCCCUGUAAACGCCAAGGCUAACUGCAAGAAAAGCGGGAAAGCCGGGCCGCUGCCUAUGUCCCGAGAUUUGAUUUUCCCAGGUGGCAACGAGUGGAAGAGCGGAAUCUCCCACUUUGAGCACAGGUGCCCCCCGAGGAUACACCAGUCCAUUCCCAGAGGCCAGCUGGGCUUACUCUGAAGUAUGCAAGAGAACAGCACCGAGCCGCCCCGCUCGCUCUCUCAUCUCUUAAGGGAGAGCUACCUGGCUGAGGCCCGAGCCCAGCAACGCCACAGUGAGAUGAGCCGAUCUGACGCUUCAUCGUCACGUCUUCAGAUUUUUGGCUCGCUCAAAGCAAAGGCCGAGGACUCGGCGGGUCUCCAUGAUAGCCAAUUGCCAGACCUGUCGGCGUUCCUUAGCGAAGAAGAGCUGGAUAAGAGUGUUAACUUGGCCUGCCAAGCCAUCGGACACGAGCCCGAAAGGGCAGAGGUCAAACUCGCCUUCACCCCACCUGCCUCGGCUUCCGUUACUUCGUCAAUGACUUCCUCUGUUCACCUCGCAAAGCCCCCUUCUUUUCCUUACGUGCCCCCUUCCGCUAUGCCUGUUGACUCGCCAGCAACACAAACGAACCUCAUGCCAGACAGAAAGCUACACACAGCCUCCGUAAGGCAGGAAAAUACAAAGAGGAACAGUAGUGAUGGUUUAAACCACCUAAACAAGUCGGCGAGGAACUCUCAGUUUGGCAUGGAGACCCAGUCCAAGAAGGAGUUCCUCAACAAGGCGGCCGACUUCAUUGAGGAGCUCUCCUCUCUCUUCAAGGCGAACACCUCCAAACGGAUACGACCCAGAGCAUGCAAAGCCCAUCGUAGUCGGAACAAGAACCAGAACGAAGGAACGGUUUACCCCGACGGGUCAGACGACAGGGAACGCUCGACCGUACCAACCGAGGUGGCAGAGGACGGUCACGUCAUUAGCCACCAGCCAGAGAUCCAUCUGGACUCUGGGAUUGGUCAUGCAGAAUUACAGGACGGUAGGAUUACUGAGGAAGAGCACUUUGACUCCGAAGCGGUAGAAGCGACUGAAAGCUACAUUUUGACACAGCCUCCGUCACGUGCAGACGAACCAGUGUCUGAGCGGCCCCAUUUUAUCCAGAAACUGAAAAGCAGAGAAGUUCCAGAGGGCAGCAAAGUCCAGUUAGACUGCAUCGUCAGAGGACAACCUACACCUGAAGUCCGAUGGUUCUGUGAGGGCAAGGAGUUGGAGAACAGCCCUGACAUUCAGAUCAUCACCAACGGCGAGCUGCACUCUCUGAUCAUCACAGAAGCUUUUGAGGAAGACACUGGACGUUACUCCUGCUUCGCGUCCAACUUUUACGGAACUGACUCCACCUCAGCUGAGAUUUACAUUGAAGGUGCAUCCUCUUCAGACUCUGAGGGGGAACUGCACUUUGAGCAUGUGGCCCACCUGCAGGGAAAACAGCCAAAGUCUGCACUACUAUCAAGCCAAAUUGCUAGAGAGGUUAACGAGUCUUCAGCAAAUCAAAGCAGAGGGGAACCAGCAGAGGAGCUCAGCAGUCUUGUGAUCCAUAAGGUCCCAGUUUCAUUACCAGCCCAGUUGAUAACCACCUCACCUCCAGGCCAAGAGCUCUCUGAAGUAUUGGCAGCAUCUACAACUAAUCCAGAGGAGACUGAAAAAAUAUUCCAACCUGUACAAGUGUUUCCCACAUCACCGCCAGAAGACCUCACAGAGGGUCUAUUGCCGUCAGGGUCUGCUUUACCUACACCGCAGCUUUUAAACUCUGCGCCACUGACCCCCAACACAGCUUCAACGCAAUCGCUUCAACCUGAGAGUCAGUCACCUAACUUCAACCCACUGCAAGGCUUCAACGGGCAAGCCAUCAUGGCUGCCCCUGUUUUUACAAAGAGUCUGCAGGACGUGGAAGCCUCAGAAGGGCAGCUGGUGGUGCUAGAGUGCCGUGUGAAGGGAGUACCGUCCCCUCGAGUGGACUGGUACAAAGGGGCAAAAUUCAUUGAAGACUCGCCUGAUUUUAGGAUACUGCAAAAAAAACCCAGAUCUCCAGCUGAAUCAGAGGAAAUAUGUACGCUGGUCAUCGCAGAGGUCUUUCCUGAAGAUUCGGAGAUGUUUACUUGCACUGCAAGCAACGCCUACGGAAAAACGUCAAGUACUGCAGCGGUUAAGGUCAAAGCUAAUGGUGGUAAUAACCAUGCAAUUAGGCCUUUUUGCACUUUAACUGUGGAGCCCAGUCGAGUCCAAGAACCUUCUGUAUCAGAUCUCGCCAUCCCAAUUUUAAAAACCCAAACAGAGACUGCUCUGACCAGUAACAGCAAACCCCACUCAAGUACCAUCCGCUUGGAUCCAUUAGUCAAUAGUGCCUUACGCUUGGAUCCAUUAAGCACUAGCACUCUUCGUCUGCACCCUAAUAGCUCUAGCAUGCUCCGACCGGACAGCAGCUUGUCAGGUAGCCAGAGUCUAAGCUCUCGCUGUGUUAGCACCCCCAACUUGGACCCUAUCAGCUUUAAUCAGGAACUUCCAGAUAAAACAAAACCACUGGCUGCUCACCCAAAACUCUUUAGUACUCCACUUGUAGUUGACCAGGAAGCUCUGGUAACAUCCCCUGAUGCUAUUUCCAAUCAUAAGGCAACCUCUAGCCAUCAGAAUGGGACAUCUGUAACGCUGCCUCUCCCCAAUCCACCUCCUAACUCUUGCCUGAAGUCAGGUGUCUUGACCAACCACAAAGACUCACGCUCCAGCUCCAGAGUCGGUCUGCGUGUACACUUCAAACUGCCCGAGGAUGACGAGGGUGAGCAAAGUGAAACAUCUGCACCAUCUGAUGAAGACAGUUCGGUCAACAAAGGACCACCACCGGUGCUGGCAAAACCUAAACUGGACCCAGCGCAGCUCCAGCUCCUUCACAACCAGGUUCUUUUGGAGCAGCAGCAAGAGAGUGAUCCCCCAAGCCACAGCCACAAUCAGCCUUCAUUCCAGAUAAAGCCAGAGGCGCCAAACCGUCGGGAAAGUUCACCUUGGUCCCUUAGAGAAAAUCGGGAUUCCCAUUCGAUUUCCUUGAACAACAACUCCCAGAUGACGCCCAAAUCUGGAGCUUCCCACACUAUGACACCCCCUGCACUUUCACCAAGUUCUGCUCCUACGAUCAGCACUGGUCCCCCACUGUUAAGAUCCACUCAAUCCACUCCCCAGGCUCUAACGUCCUCCCUGGCAACGCUCCUUCCACCCGUGCCGCAGUUAAACACAUCUCCGCCAGUCAGUGGUGCACCUUUGACGCAGAUGAACACCAUCCAUGCUUCCCACCUCAACUUAUCCGCAACGGUUAUUGCUAGAGCCGCUCCCACCAAUCAGUUUUCCUCUCAGUUAGUAUCAAAUCCCAGUUUAACCUCUACAGAUUCAACGGCGGCCUCAUAUCACGUCACAUCUCCGGCCACUUACCUGAGAAGCACCCACGCCUCUCUCAUGAAUCUCACCGCGACCUCACAGGCUUUUAACUACACCCGACCUAAAGAGUUUAUCACCGCUCAAACUUUGUCACCUGUCAGAAGUCCCUCCCCAACAGAAUCCCCGGUUCCGCUUCUCCACGAACUGGCAGCAGAGCUCAACUCCUCCGCUGCCAGCUCACCGACGCUCCCGCCGUUCUCAGCGCCGAACAGGACCUUUCCUAUAAGAGUCCUCCGGUCUCCUACAAGUCCCCCAACUCUCAUAUCCUCACCCACGCCGAGUUCGGCACCAACCUUAAACAACACGUUCGCCAUUAGAGCCCAGUCGCCACCCCAGGCUUCCUCUCCUACCUCCAGCAGCUCCACACCGAGCCCAAUCCAGAAUCCAGUGGCUUUCCUGAGCUCCAUCUUGCCUUCUCUGACCCCAUCUCAGCCUACCAACUCCAUGGGCCUUCCCAAAGGAGCACCUUUCGGGGUAAAUAAGAAGAUGGCAAGGACGCGCCAGCCACCAACUGAAAACAAUCGUGAAAGCAAAGACAUUCUUCUUCAUGAGAUUGAGAGGAAAAUGCAAUUUAAAAAUGAUGUUCCCUUUUUUGCCCAUCAACAGAAGCGGAAUAAUGAGGGGAAAGCAGCGAGCAGACCCCUUGUCGGACCAAACAUUCCAGCUACUGUCAUUAACUAUGAUGAGGAGUACAAAAUUUCCAAUUUUGAGCAAAGGUUAAUGAGUGAGAUCGAGUUCCGCUUGGAGCGAACCCCAGUGGAGGAAUCGGACGAUGAUGUUCAACACGACGACGUCCCCUCGGGCAAAUGCAUCGCGCCCCUCUUUGAUAAGAAACUCAAGAAUUUUAAAGCCAUGGAGGGUGUGCCUGUUACCUUCUCCUGUAAAGUUGUUGGAAUUCCUGUUCCAAAGGUGUACUGGUUCAAGGAUGGGAAGCAGAUCUUACGGAAGAACACACAUUAUCAGAAGAUAAGGGAGGGCGAUGGCACAUGCUCUUUACACAUACAAUCUACAACAGCUGAUGAUGAUGGAAACUACACAAUCAUGGCAGCAAAUCCACAGGGACGAAUGAGCUGUUCGGGUCAUCUGAUAAUUCAAACAGGACCACCCCGACAUAGACUGAUCCCAAUUAGCUGUCAGAGGGUACGAACUCGCGUGCAGGAAGUCGAGGGAGAGCAAACCCAGGAAACUUUUUUCCAGCCUCACUUCGCCCAGGCUCCAGGAGACAUGCUGGCACAUGAAGGGAGAGUGUGCAGACUAGACUGUAAGGUGAGUGGUCUGCCUAACCCGGAGCUCAUGUGGCUGGUCAAUGGUAGGCCCAUCUAUCCAGAUCUUUACCACAAGAUGCUCGUACGGGAAAACGGCAUCCACUCUUUGGUCAUUGACCCCCUGACACAGAAAGAUGCUGGCACAUACACUUGUAUUGCGAGCAACAAAGCAGGGCAGAGCUCCUUCAGUCUAGAACUUAAAGUUGUGGAGAAAGAAAUGAAACAAGCUCCUCAAUUCGUGGAGAAGUUGCAGAACAUGGGAAUUCCUGAGGGGAGCCCCGUCAGGUUGGAGUGUCGGGUGGUGGGCAUGCCCCACCCAGUUAUAUUUUGGAAGAAAGACAACGACACCAUUCCCAAAAUGCAGAGCAGAAUGAGCAUGCAACAGGAUGCCACAGGAUACGUAUGCCUCCUUAUCCAGCCAACCACCAAAGAGGAUGCUGGCUGGUAUACAGUGUCAGCCAAAAACGAGGCUGGGAUUGCGGCCUGCACCUGCAGGCUUGACAUCUAUGCACAGUGGCAUCAGAGCGUGCCGGCGCCCAUGAAGAAGACGCCUCGCGCGGGCAGCCGCUACGCAGCUCUUACAGGCCAAGGGCUCGACAUGAAAUCGCUCUUCUCCCCAUCGGAGAGCAGCCCCUUCCUUUUCUCCAGCUCACCUUCUGAGGCCGCGCUGGAGAGCGACGAGCUGUGAGGAAGGAGAAUGUUUACCUGCCACGAGUUAGAAGUGAGACACUGAUAGGGAAAUGAUUGUGCAACUCGGUAGCACAGUGUCACCAUUCCGGUUUACGUAGGUCAUAUCGAGAGUGUUUCACUUAUAGGAAAAAUCAAAACGAUCAGUCUUGCAAAGUCUUAGCUCAUGAGCCAUCUUUGGAGGUGAAUUUUGCUCUCCAACAAGUUUGAAUAAUUAGCAUUUAUUUGUGCUUUGUUUUUUAAAAUCGUUUAGUAUUCAGUUCGUAUAUUAUUAAAAAUACUUUUCUCAAAGUUGUAGUCCCCUUGGAAAUAAUACAAAGCCAUAUUUAUAUUUAUAAUUUAUACUAGCAUCGAAUGUACAUGAACGCUAAGCUAGGCUAAUUUAUUUUAAGUGGUUAAUUUAACAUUGGAUUGUUUCGACACAAAUCCAUUAUUUAUGUAAAUCUAUGACACCUUUUUGCACCAUGUGUAUGCAUGUUGAUGGUAACAGUUUUAGUUCACAGUUAUGUUGUAUUUUGCUAGCAGCUGAGAGUGGGGAUGCUAAUGUGAGAAGUGAGAACAGUUACAGUAAAAAUUGUGUUGUAGGACAACGAGAGGAAUUUGAAGCAAUCCCAAAGGUCAGAAUGAUUGCAUUUAAAGCAACACUAGGUAACUUUUCAACCUUUAUAAAAUAUUUUCAUAACAUUUGAGAUGAUAUGUCGACUGACAACUAGUUGAAUGACACCUCUUUUACAUCUUGAGGGGGGUCUAUAUUGCUUUCACUUAGCAUUAAUUAACUUUGAGGAGAGUGGCAGGAACCCUGCCACACAAAAUAAACUACAAAUGUAGUUUAUGCUUUACAGCAUACAUCACUUCCCUCUUUUUCCAUUCAUUAUAGACCCUACUCACAUGACGUCACAACCACGCCUCCGCGCCAUAUUGUCCGUCAGCUCGUCGGGUUUAAGCAUUACCGCUACGUAAAUUCCUCCUAUUAUGGCAUGUUUUUCUGCUCGUUAACAUUAAUAAUCAAAAUGGUGAAGGCGUGUGUGGCGGUUGGUUGCAGUAACAGAGAAGAUAGACGGAGAGACUUGAAGGUUUACCGUAUUCCGAGAGACCCGGAGAGGAGAGCGAGAUGGACUGCUGCAAUUCGACGAGAAAACUGGGCACCAAACGAUCACCACAGAUUAUGUAGUAGUCAUUUUAUAUCUGGUAAGAUGCAUUUAAUAUAUAUUUAGAGGGUUUUGGGCUGACAACCACAAUUAAGAUCAUUGCGAGGCUAAUCGGCGACAACAUAGUUUCAAAUUCAAGAUGUUUAUUUCUUCCGCCAUCAUUAUUUUUUUAAUAAUAUUUAGCUGGUACCAAGUGAAAGAAGCUGGCCUCGUCUACGGAUGAUCAGUUAAACAGGUGUGUCCAAACUUUUUGCAAAGGGGGCCAGAUUUGGUGUGGUAAAAAUGUGGGGGGCUACCUUGGCUUAUUUACGUAGAACAAUAUAUUUAAACACAUUUUAGCAAGCCCUUCUGUGUCUCACAUUUGCUUUAUUAUAAUUUUUUUAAAUUCAUAAUUUCAACAAUCACGCCUUUGUGGCUGCUCUUUCGACACUCGGGCUCUUACGAAAUACUGCUGCUGUGAAAUUAAACUAGCUUCAAGUUGCUAUAAUUUCUCGCUGCGUAUCUUCCUUGUAAUGUCGUACAUGUCAGCGUGUCUUGUUUGCUAAUAUCGCGUCACAUCGAACUCUUUGAAAACAGCAACUGUCUCUUUGCAAAUGAGGCAGACACAGUUGUUGCGUAUUUUAUUGAAAAAAUAGUCCAAUAUCCACCUAUCCUUGAUGCGUCGGCCAUCGCAGUCAACUUUUUUUUUUUUUUUUUUUUUUUUUUUUUUUUUGAUUGUCGCCAUUUUAGAAAAUUGGAAGUAAAGGGUCACACGCGAUAAUGUUGCUUAGAGUGCUGCUCUUAAAGUUUCUCAAAGUUUCGUGAGAAUAGGCUGAGUUUCUGUGGACAAGAUAGUUGAAGAUAUCAGUGUAGCAGAUGUAAGGCAGAGACGGCGAGGACAGCGGGUCGAAAAAUAUCGAUUUAGGCAUCAAAUAUGGAUCUGGCGAAUGGAUAGACUGAAGCUUUUCCACAUAACGCCUUUUCUACAACGCAUCCAAUGAGUUUACAGCGUCUGAAAGCACCGGGGCUUCCAUGAAUUGCACUAUAAAUUGCACGACAAAUUGAAACCAUUGAGAAUACGGAUAAACAAUGACGGACAAUAUGUCGGCCGGAUACAGCGACACGUCAUUCUGUGACGUUGGUGAGUAGGGUCUAUAAAGACAGAAGUAGGGUUGGGCAUCGAUGGGAUCCAGGACUAACACUCCGGUUCUCCCGCAACCGUUCGAAUUGUUGUAUUUCAAUUCCAAGUUUCAAUGCCCUGACCACCGACCAGAAGAAAAUAGCUGCCGCAAACUACGUAGAAGAAGCCACGUGAAGACUAGCUCCGUUAUGAGCAAAUCAAAUGAAGUGGCUAAUUUAGCUUAGCACAAAAAUGUGUUGCUUCGCUUCACAUAAAUGACAAAGUAAGAGAAUAAACACACCGAAAUGAUAUCAGACCCUCUGUUAAAACGUGCAAAUGUACAGAUUUUGUUUUAUCAUGGGUUCCCAACGAUGUGUAGUGCAGAGGUGUGUAGCGUUUGUACACCACAAGGAUUCUUUUCCAACUGAUGUUCUUUUUGCCUGCUGCUUCCAGUAAGUCACCACUAGAGGGAGCUAAGCGUACAUAGCAAAACCAAAGAAAAACUGUAGAGUCCGGAGUUACAAUAUUGACACCUAUGGACAGAUGAACAAUAUAUCAGUUUAGAAAGAAAUCAAACUUAAAAAGUAAUCAACUUAGCCUGACAAGAUGUCAGCCCUUAACUAACCUGUAGAAAUACCACCUAAAACAAACGAUGUAAAACAAUGAAUGCUUGCCGCAUAAGACAUUCUAAAACAUAGGCAAAAGAAUACCAUAUUGGCCCAAAUAUAAGACAGUGUUUUUUGCAUUGAAAUAAGACUGAAAAAGUGGGAGUCGUCUUAUAUUCGGGGUCUAGACAUUAUACCCAUUCACGACGCUAGAUGGCGCCAGGUAUCAUUGACGCGAAUGCUGAACUUGAGGAGUAAUGUUCUGUCUUGACAGAUCUCAACUACUCUCAUGUUUAACCAGUUUGCAUUAUUUUAUUGCAAUGUUUUUCCUUAUUCAGAUUUGUUUUAAAGACUACGGUUACAGUUAGACCUCACUUUGAUGGUUAAUGCAGUUAUUGCAAUUUUGUUGUUUUAUCACAAUAGAUUGGUUUAUUUACAUUUCAAAAACCAGAAGCCAUUCAUUUACGAAUGUGAUUGCACUUUAGUUUACAUAUUUAAAUGUUCAGAUAUUAAGAUUUGAAUGAGGCAAAAUAACAUGCCUCUUCUCUCAAAUAUAUUGUUAUAAUCAUUUGUUUCAGAUGUAUUUUCUUCAUAAAAAUGUAUUUGGUGUUCAAAAAGUCUUUUUUCAAACUUGAGUCUUGAAAAAGAAGGGGUCGUCUUAUAAUCAGGGCUGUCUUAUAUUCGGGUCAAUACGGUAUGUGUAAAUGUUUUCUCCGUGAGCUUUUGGAAAAAAUAAACAUCUUUGUGAAAGUGCACUCCUGUGGAAAGAAACUUCAUCAUAUUUAGGUUCAAAGACUGAUAUUUAUAUACAAGUUAAAAAUAGCCCUGUGAGAAAUUCAUAGCAAAGUUAAUAGCGUACUGCACGUAACACUUCACCUUUGCUCAUUGAUAUGCAUGACGUUAGCGACUGUUGCUAGGGGGGUCAAACUUGCGUUUAUCCCUCAUGCUAAAUGCAUGUAAAUAGUGUAUGAACCAGAUGUUUACUGAGGUAAACCUACCAAUUCUACCAAUGUCCCUGGUGCCAAAUUCACUGGUAAAGAUGUGGAAGUAGACUUUGUUCAGUUAAAGGGGGCUUGAGUGUCGAGGGCUGAAAAAGUCGGGAAAAAGAGCCGACCUGAUCCAGAGGUAGCUUUUUUAUCGACACCUUUUUCUGGUGUGCAUUGCCUUACGCCACUGACAAUGACAUUCUCCUGUUUUAACAAGCUAUCCUUUACCACCAUAUGCCCUGUCUAUAUUAUAUUAUAUUCUCUGGUUGUCACAUGUCUCUGACCGUUCUAGGGGGGGUAAUUUAAAUUGCUAUUUUUGUUAAGCGUUCGCAAAUGCUACUCAGUGACAGCCAACGAACACUUUUCAUUUUUUCAUUAAUAACAAAUCUUAAUUCUAUUAAUUUAUUUAUCCUUCCCCCUUACGAAAGUUGUUUCUUUACAACAGAAAAGUUAACAACAGUGGCAGUCAAAUACCAUUUUAUUUUUUUCAGGUCAUUCAUUGUCAGACAGAAGCAGCAUGGCAAACCGCCUCGCUAAAAAAUAAGUAAAAAAUAACAAAAUGGCUUACCUCUUCGGGGCAGGAUUGUCGAUCUAUAGGACCAUGGCCCCCAACAAAAUGUUUACUGCUUAUGAAGGUGAAUGGCUUCACCUUGUUGGCGUUAAACUGGUCUUUUGGAUGUCCGCACAAGUCGAUCCAUUGUUCACAUUUUUUCUUCUGAGUUUUUGGCUGAAAACAAGCAGGACUAGCAUGGGUUGUAUGCGAGCGCGCUUCUAUGUUUACCACCUUCUGGUUUACGCUGCCUUGCGGUCUAAAAAUAGCAUUCGUGCGGUACGCUAUUGAAAAUUCAUAUAUUUUAAAAAAUAAUCGAGAAGAAAUAAAUAUACACAAUGACUUUUUUUUUUACCCUGCCUAUUAAAAGAAUCGAGAAUCGUUUUGGAACCGGAAUCGAAACCGUUCAAAUUCAAACGAUGCACAACCCUAAGUCGAUGCGUACAGUUUCGCGUGAAUUCUGCAAAGAUGGCAGAGCAACAAGAGACAAAAAGUUUUGUCUGAGGAGGGGAAAAAAGUGAGGCUACCAGGAUAUACACAAUCAACAUUGGCCCGGCUUUCAAUUGCCGGCGAGACGCCCCUCCCCUCAACCGAACUCGUCAGUAGGUGGGGUGGGCCACAGGUUGCUAACCGUCAUAUCCUAUUGUUUAGCCAAAACUGGAUUCAUUACCUUAUUGCUAUUCAUCCUUCACAUAGCCGCUGGAACAGAAAUGUUGUUUUCAUCCAUCUGCAGGCGACCAGGAGAUUGAUUUUUGAUUGAUUGAUGAUUUCACGAUUUUUACUGCGGGUGUGCGCUGGUCCUCAUGGGAAACGCAGCUUUUCUUAAGGCAAAACACUACUGAUUUUGUCCACCGGCGCCGCUAAAAUCAACCAAAACUGAAAAGUUACAUAGUGUUGCUUUAAUAGAAUUUAGUUAUAUUUUAAGUGAGUGUGAAAAUAUAUUGAUGGAGGUUUAAAAGCUAUUCUAAUGUUGCACACUGUAAAAUAGUUUUAUCUUCAGAAUAAAAUUAUGAAUUCCAGUGAGUGAGGUUCACUAUUUUUUCUCAAUCUGCACUACACUGCAUCCCAUUAAAACACGAGCAAGCUAAUGUAUAUUAGCUCCUUUAGAGCAGGAGCGUGGGGUCAUUGAAAUUUCGUCUGAUUUUUCUGAGCUUUGUUUUGACUGUGCUUAUUGUUUUGAGUUCAAAACAAAUAAGAGAUCCCAGGAGCCAAUUAAGCAUAGCUAAUCAGUCCAAUUAGAGUAGAAGAAGGUUCAAAUAGGCAUAAAAUUACAUUCACCUUCCUUGACCCAAUUAGACUGUGAGACUCAUUUGACCAGCUGCCAGACUGGGUUGCGAGCUGGCUGUUGCAAAUUCAUAAAUGUAUAAUGGGAAUAUACGAGUAUUUUUUUUUUUUAUUAUUACUGGUACGUGUGGGAAGAAUAAUUCUUUUAUUAUUCAUCUUCACAAAGGUAUACAAACGACUUUCCAAAAUAAAAGGCUGAACGGCAGCAAGUCAAAUCAAUAUGAGAACAAUUAUGGCUUCCAUGACGAGUUUGCGGAAAGAUGCUGAUUUUGCAAUAAUCUGAU